UCUUUUCGACAACACACAACUUAAACUAAAUUCGAGAUGGCUGACGCGGAGCCACAAGUAGAACCACCGGAGGAAAAGCCACCGCGAUCGAAAGCCAAGAGAAUCACAUAUAUAGUUCUUCAUGUAUUGCUUCACAUUAUCUUCAUAUCGCACUUUACUGCAGCAACAGUCAUCUUUAUAUUAUUUGACAAGGAAUCCGACGAAUGCAUUCCACCUCGAAGUCCCGCUGAAGAAACUACGGAAUCGGUGGGAAAUUCGACUACAAGUGCCCCAACCGAAAGCCCUUCCCCGGAACCGGGGCCCACGUUUAAGGCGAAUAUUCUGUGUAAAAUGAACUGGUGCCAUGGAUACGGGUCCCUCAUAGUUAUUUUUGUCAUUUUCUAUAUAUUAUGGCUGUACUAUUGGGUAUUUAAGCCUUAUGUGGGUAUUAGGCUGUAUAACAACUACCUGGAACCAGCCAUCGAGCAAUGGAUUCUGUUCAGUCGCAAGAUGAUAGUUUCCGGAGUAAUGCUAAUGAUUGUGGUCUCUUUGGCGGUGGCCUACCUGGGUUACGAGUGCCGCUAUGACGCAAACAAAGCGAUCGGGCUGGCGGGACCUGUGUUCUUUGUUCUGACCGGAUUCGCUGUGUCCAAGCACCACAAAAGGGUCCCUUGGCGCAUCGUGACCCACGGUCUUCUAGGACAGCUCCUGCUGGGCAUCUUCUGCAUGCGUGUCUUUUUCGGACGCUCAAUCUUUCAAUGUCUCGGGGAAAGGGUCGCCACUUUCCUGAACUUCGCCCAGCACGGAGCCCGCUUUGUAUACGGGGAUCGGAUCUGCGACGACUUUGUCUUCGCUUUUGCCAUACUGGCGGUGGUGUUCUUCUUUAGUGUCAUCACUAGCAUCAUGUACUACCUGGGCUGGAUGCAGUUCGUCCUGAGCGGCCUUGGGUUUUUGCUCCAGGCCAUGGUGGGCACCACGGUCUGUGAGAGUGUGAAUGCAGCGGGUAACAUCUUCCUGGGCAUGUCCGAGAGUCCCCUGAUCAUCAGGCCGUACAUCCUGAUACUGACCAUGAGCGAGUUGCAUACAAUUUGCACAUCCGGAUAUUGCACGGUUGCGGGUACAGUUUUCGGAGCGUACGUCUCCUUCGGUGCCUCGCCCGCCUUCCUGAUCACGGCCAGCGUGAUGGCUGCUCCGGGUUCCCUGGCCUUCUCCAAGCUGUUUUACCCCGAGACCGAGGAAUCGCUGACCAGGGCGGACAACAUGCAGAUGGAAAAAUCGCCAGAUUCUUCCAUUUUGGAUGCAGCAGCCAGUGGAGCAGCGGCAGCCUUGAUGAUUGUACUCGGAAUCGUGUCGAACAUCAUUGCCUUUCUAUCCAUAAUGUUCUUCCUUAACGCAUUGACCGAGUGGACUUUUGAGCUUAUCGGUCUGAAGAACAUCACCCUGCUCUUCAUUCUCUCUCAGUUGUUUGUCCCAAUAGUCUUCUUGAUGGGCGUACCGUGGCACGACUGUCAAUAUGUUGGGCAGUUAGUGGCCGAGAAAUCGCUGAUCAACGAGUUUAUCGCCUACAAGCACCUAGGGGAUUUGGUACGCCUGAAUUUGAUCGAACCGCGAAGUGCUGCAAUUGCCACUUUUGCGCUUUGCGGAUUCGCCAACCCAGGGUCUCUGGGCAUUCUCAUCGCGGCUCUGACUGCAAUGGCACCAACAAGACGAGGAGAUAUCACAAAGGUGGCUUUUCGAGCUUAUUUUGCAGGCAGUUUUGUAAGUUUCACAUCCGCUUCGCUUGCAGGUAUUCUUAUUCAAGGUGAUUUUAAGUAAUGGACGUUCCAAAAAAUAACAAAUCGCACCAUGUAAACUAAAUGAAUGAAGAUCUUUUUUUUUGCAUGACUCUA